AUGCCACUCCGUCGUCCCGUGCUCCCGGCCCCCAAAAAGUCACCCAACUCUCCAUCAUCACCAACGGGAUUUAUUGCCUCGGCACUUUUCGAGCAUCAAGCCAAAUCCGUUCAUUCAUUGCAUGUGCCAAGUAUGAGACAUUAUAACUUGAGUCGAAUCAAUGAGAACGAACUACAGGAUGCAAUUGAGUCACUUCCCCAACGCGCUCGUCGACUUAGUUGGGUGAUUCACAGCAAAAUUCAUUUCUAUGAACCUCCACCAUUGAUCUCGUUGAUUAUGUACAUUUUCACGAUGACUCUCUUCAUACUCACGUUUCCUUGGUGUCUUUUUGUGUGUGUUAAGGUAGCCAAAGAAUAUGAACGAGUAGUCGUUUUUCGACUUGGUCGACUAAUAUCUGGAGGCACAAAAGGACCUGGUGCAUUUUUUGUUCUUCCAUGUAUUGACACUUGUAAAUUUGUGGAUUUAAGAGUUCUAACAUUUGAUGUACCGCCACAAGAAAUUCUAUCAAAAGAUUCGGUGACAGUCUCCGUGGAAGCUGUAAUAUAUUUUCGGGUUUGUAAUCCGGUCGUCUCGGUGACGAAUGUGAAUGAUGCUAUUUUCAGCACAAAACUUUUGGCGCAAACAACUCUAAGAAACGUGCUCGGCACAAAGACUUUGAGUGAGAUUUUGUCGGAACGAGAUGCUAUUGCAACGAUUACAGAACAAGUGCUAGACGAAGGGACAGUGCCAUGGGGAGUAAAAGUUGAACGAGUGGAGAUCAAAGAUAUCCGUCUCCCAUAUCAAUUAAUGAGGAGUAUGGCAGCCGAAGCUGAAGCAGCACGUGAUGCAAGAGCGGCUGUGAUUGCUGCUGAUGGAGAGAAAUAUGCAAGCAGAUGUCUUCGAGAAGCCGCGGAUACAAUCAGUAGCAACAAAGUGACAAUACAGUUACGCUAUUUACAGACUUUGAUCAAAGUUUCUUCCGAGAGAAAUCACACAAUAGUGAUCCCUUUUCCAAUUGAACUGGCAAGACAUGUGAUUAAAAAGAUUGAAGCAAUGCAUACAAAGAAAUCU